AUGAGUUAUAGAAAUUCAUCCAAUUUCCGUCAUGAUAAAUACGGAGACAAUCAAGAUAAGACAAGUUUGAAUAAGCUACGCUCGAAGUAUUGGACGACUAAGCAACUUGUGAUUAAGAAACUAGGUCGAGAACAGGAUGAAUUUGUCAUCGCUUCCGAUUCUGAUGUGGAUGCUAAACUUGAAUUACUUGGUACAAUUAAACAAUCAUGUAACGAUCUUAUUCGUAUUAUGAAUCGUUAUCAAACCAACGUUCUUCUUCUUUCUCAUGAAGAAACCGACAUGGCUCGAUUUUUGAAAGAUUACGCUCAAGCAGAUAAAAAUCGAGCAGGAAAAAUCAUGGCAAGUGUCUCGAAAGUACUUGCAUACACUGCUCAGCAGCGCUUAGCCUUACGACAACCAUUAUUUCGAUUGCAUAAUGAAAUUGAAACAUUUCGUCUUCGAGCUGUGACGGAUACAUUAGCAACAGUGAAUCGUAUGGAAACAGCACGAACGGAAUAUCGGGGAAGUAUUCUAUGGUUAAAAGAUGCAUCGGUACAACUUGACCCCGAGAAACAAUUGGAAAAAUUUCGUCGAGUGCAGAGUCAGGUGAAAACAUCGAAACAAGAAUAUGACAAAUUGAAAUCAGAUGUUAUCCAAAAGAUUGAUCUAUUGACAGCUAGUCGAUGUAAUAUGUAUUCACAUGUGUUAGCUCCGUAUCAGAAGACUUUACUUGCUUUCUGGGCGAAAACAUCGAAAGUAAUGUCCGCAGUUGCUGAAUCUUUCAAAGGUUACGAGUAUUACGAAUUUACUGUGAUUAAAGAACUUGCCAUACCAAAUCAUUUGUCGGCAGAAAUGGCAUCGAGUUCGUUUAUGGAGAGGAAAUUAGAAGAAACCGAUAAGGACGAAAAGAAUGCAGAAAAAGAUGACACACUUAUUGACCUUGCUGAUUCACGUACAAAUGAACAGAAAGCGUUAAGUAAUUCAAUUCGAAAAGAUGAAAAUCAUGACAUAAGCGAACCCAUCAAUGCUUUGAUUGAUAUCUCUGAUGCUCAGCUAGAUGAUCAACUUAUCGAAUUAGAAAAGCUUACUACUAUCGAAUCAACAGCAACGAAUGGUGCUGCUGCUAAUCACACAAAAGCGAUUUCGAACACAUCUACUGAUAAUGAUAAUCUCGUUGAAUUAACGGAUUCGUCUGUUGAGCACGACAAGCUUUUCUCCGAUCUUCUCUCGCCAAGUUCAUCAUCAGACUCCAAUCUUAAUGAUCUCCUCGGUACUCAUGAAACUAAUAAUUUCGAUGCUGAUUGGACAUCAAUGUUCGGUAACAAUACAUCCAAUCAACAAGUGCCAGCAUCUACGAAUCCGGCAAAUGCUGCUCAAACGAAUAGUACAUUUCUUCCAUCGUCUCUUCUCAGUGAAUUAUUGACUUCUAAUAAUAAAACUUCAACGUCGAACAUUCCGUCUUCAACAAAUCCAAAAGCGAAACCAACAAUGACAGGCAAGCCUGCUGCUGCUGAUAAAUCAAACUGGUUUGAUUUGUUCGCCGAAUUGGAUCCACUUCAAGAUCCGGAUGCCAUCGGAAAAUCUGCUGGUGCUGAAGCCAAUCGUAAUUGUUAA